AUGGCCAAGAGCUCGAGAUCUAGUGUCAAGAAGAACAACAACCAAAGACUCAAGAAGGAUGUCUUUGGCCCUGCUGAGGCGGCGAGAGCAGAGCGCCUCUCAGCCAAGCUGCUGGAAUUAGCGAAACAGCCCAAGCCCCAAAAGGAGGCAGAUAUGAACAUGGACACCGACGAACAAGACGAUGCCCAGAUCAACCCCGAUGAGGAGCAAGAAGCCAAGAAGACUGAGGACACCCGCAUGGACGUGGACUCUGCAAAGCCCCGUCGCAGAUCCGGUAGAAUUCAGAAGAAGAAGUCGUCCAAGAUUGUCUUUCCCAAGUACAAGGACCGUCGCGGAGGCUCCAAGAAGAAGGCCUGA